AUGGAAGCGCCGCCAUCCUCCGAUGGAUUGUUAUCACUGAAUAUUUUCUAUCGGCGCAAAAAAGCUAGCAUGUGUAUGAGUAAUUGUCGCAAUAUCGAAGUCGCCAUCCUAUAUCCCCGUGCUCCCCCGUCAUCAUGUCUUCCAACUCCGAUUUCAGUCUCGGACUUUCGAAACACCUCGUUGCGGCUCCAAGAAAGUUCCCCUGAGACCCACGAAGCCGUGGCCAUGGUUACCGCCGAUCAGGAACCCGGAUCCAGGCCCGGGCCUGUCGAUCUCAGCCUCACGACAUCCAUCAGCAACACAUCACGUGCCCCUCCCUCCUCAUUCCGCUUCCUCGACCUCCCCCUGGAACUCCGCCUCAAAAUAUACACCUACCUUCUCCCCGCCCGCGCCCACACCAUAGCCACGCAAAUCCCGCACAACGGCUAUUAUUACAACACCGCCUCCCUGCCAUCCCACUCUGCCAGCUCAUUCUACCCCUUCGGCCGCUGCCCGACCCACAACCUCACCACCUACAAAGUCCUGACCGAUAAUUUCCGCUCUGGCUUUCCCUCUCCUUCAAUCUACCCCGAGAUUCUCCGCGUGAGCAAGCAGCUGCUUGCAGAAGCGGAACCGGUGUUGUAUGGUGCCAAGGACGUGCUUUGGGAUUUCGGCGUGCAUGCAGAGGCCCUACUCGCAUUUUGGGGCGAUAGGAGUCAGGCUGCUAGGGCGUGUGUGAGGAAUCUUCGGAUUGCGAAGGAGAUUCCUGCUUUACUAGCUUCCGAUAGCAAUAGUAAUAGCGGUGUAGAUGCGCGCUGGCUGACACUCUGCGCGUUUAUCAAAAACGAGCUAGUGGGGCUUGGGGAAUUGGAUUUGACCAUUUGGAGUGGGAGUGGGAGCGUGGCUUCUUUUCAUUCCAAUGGUUCGGGUGGAAAGGAUGGGGAGGAGAGGUGGAGGGAGUGGGAAUGGACGAGGGAGUUGCUGGAUAUAGAUGCGCUGAGGUGUGCGAGGUUAACGUGGUGGGGCUUUAGUAGCGUUGAGGGGGGAGGGAUGCCGGCGGCGGGGUUUGAUUCUUGGAUGGCGGGACGGAUGAUGGCGGAUAGGUUGGCCAGAGAUAGGAUGGUCGAACAGGGGCUUGUGGUUGAGGGGUCUUUAGUUGUUUCUAGAAAGGCUGCUUGA